AUGAUUAUUGAUAAUGCUACAUCAUCACCAGUUUUCGUAAAUGAAUAUGAUAAUAUAACAAUGGAAUGUCAAGCUCGAGGUCGACCUACACCUUAUAUAACAUGGUUUCGUCGAAAUCGAGAUGAACAUAAUCACACAAAAUUUGAAAAUGAAAUUUUAAUAAAUAAUACAAAUGGUCAACUUCAUUUAAUUAAUGUUACUCGUUAUCAUAUUGGUCAUUAUGAAUGUCGAGCAUCAAAUGGUGUCAAUGGACAUGUUGUUAGUAAAGAUAUUGAAUUACGUGUUCUUUGCAAAAUAAUGGCAUCUUGGUUCAUUAUUUUAAAUAUAAUUCUUUUAUUAUCAUCAUCAUUUGUACAAGCACGUUUUCGAAUAAAUUCAAAACGACGAUAUUCAAUGUCAACUAUACCAUUUAUUCCUCCAUCAUUUCCAUUUAAUGAUAAUUCAAUUUUAAAUUUAAAUGAUGAUUCUUUGAUAGAAUCAACAACAAUAUCAUCAUCAAUUAAAAUAAAUAAUCAAGCAAAUGAACAACAAAUUGAACAAUUUACACUUCUUUUAUUUAAUCGUUUAAAUUUAAAAGAACCACCUAAUGUAACAAUACAAAAUCAUGAUGGUAGUGGUACAGGUAUUCCAUCAUCAAUUGUUAAACAACUUGAACAACAAACACAAGAACAACAAUAUAUGAAACAUAUAGAAGAAAUGAAAACUUAUGAACAACAAGAACAAAAAUAUCGUGAUGAAAAUCAAGCAACAAUUGAACGUGCUAUUUUACCAAGUGAUAAAAUUUCACAUCAUACAUGUCAGCGACAAAUAUCAAUUAAAUUAAAUCUUAAUGAAGAAAAUUUACGUCAUAUUGAUUGUUUUUAUUUUUCAAAAUCAUCAUUUGGUUCAGCAACUUUAUCAACAAAUCAAAUUGUUAAACAAUUACGUAUUUAUAUAAAAAAAAAUUAUUUUCAUAUUAAUAAUGAAUAUGAAAAACGUUUAACAUCAGAUAUGUUUAAAAUUUAUCAAGUAUUUCGUCCAACAUCAAAUGAUACUUUACUUCAUCCAUUUCCAGGUUUUACUGAUACAUUACGUUUAACAAUAAGUCAAAUAAAACAAUUAAAUGAUAAUUGGUUAGAAUUAACUAUUGAUUCAAAUAAUACACAAAUUAAUAUUCAACAAAUUUACGAACAAUUUAGUACGGCUUGGUAUGGACUUGCAAUCAAUCGUGAACUUCAAUCAUCACGUUCAUCUUUUUAUCGUCGACAUCAUUCAAAAAAACGUAUUGAACAUUUUUUACGUUCAAAUGAUAAUGAAGAUAACAAUAAAGAAUCUCAAGAAGAAUUACCAUAUAUGCUAGUCGAAUAUGGUAAUAAAAAUUCUUCAUCAUCAACAUCUGGACGUCGUGGUACACGUGGUACUAAUAGACCACGUCCAGCACAACCUUGUGAUCCAAAAAGUCCAUGUUGUCGACGUCCACUUACAAUUGAUCUUGAUCAAGUUGGUAGUGCAUUAGAUUUUGUUAUUUAUCCAAGAAAAUUAGAUAUUGGUGAAUGUAUUGGUGUAUGUGGUGCAAGUGGUACAUCACUUAAACAUACAGAAGUUAAAAAUGCCCAACAGAAAAAUCAUCCAAAUUCAGCACAUAAUCUUCUUUUACUUCAUCGUAAUAGUGUACAUCAUGAUAGAACUACAACAACAGCAAAAAACAAUCAAGCUGAUCAACAAUUAACUCAUUGUUGUUCAUUUUCACGUACAGGUGGCCUCGAACUUUUGUAUACAACUAUAAAUGGUGGACCUGUUAUACGUAAAUAUAUACCAAAUAUGGUUGUUGAAGAUUUUCCACCAUCAAUUCAAGCUCAAUCAACACUUGUUCAUAGUACGAUUGGAAAAUCUAUACAAUUACGUUGUUCAGCUAUAGUUCCAUUUGAUACGAAAAUCUAUUGGCAAAGAAUGGAUAAUAAAACAAUAUCAAAAUUUCGACAACAACAAUAUACAAAUAAUGAUAUUACACAAACAAGUUUAUAUAUAAAAGAUAUUGAAAAAUUAGAUUUUGGUUUGUAUGGUUGUUUUGCUGAAUCAAUGGCUGGUCAAAGUCAUGCUGUUAUUGAAUUACGAGAACAUCGUCGUUUAGCAAGCUCAAAAGUCAUAGAAAAUAAUGACUUAACAACACCACGCAUACAAAUACUUAAACGAAAUCAAAUUUCCGAUCAAACAACAAUAUCUAUAACAACUAAUAAAGCUUCAUCAUGUUUUUCGUUAUUGUACUUGUCAUUUACAUUGAAUCAAAUAAUUUUCUAUUAUCUCACGCCUGAUAUUCAUAUUUGUUUUGUUUAA